GAGGACGCGCGGGCUGAGGACCUGGGCCCGGCUUGGUGAUAAGGCUCUGUGCUCUGUGUGUCUGUCGCAUAAGCCUUCACCUGCCCUGCCCUGCCCGGGAGGGGACUUUGCCUGCAUUUUUCAAAAACUGACACCGUGUGAAGGAGGUUUCUUUGCUCUGCGCAGCAGUGAGUUCCUGCAGAGCCUUGGUUGCAACCCAGGCCCCACUGGGAAGUAGACGUCGUUUUGCAGAGGAUGGGGCCGGCUAGGCUGUGGCUGCUGGGAGCCGGGAUCCUGGCCUCUGUCCACUGUCAGCCCUUUCCUGCCCAUGGAGAUAAGAGCCCAGGGGCACAUCGACCCCCCGGCCAUCAGCUCUCAGAGCCAGCUCCUGCCUACCACAAAGUCACACCCACCAUUACCAGCUUUGCCUUGCGCCUGUACAAGCGGCUGGCGGCGGGCACCCCAGGAAAUAUCCUCUUCUCGCCCGUGAGCCUCUCCAGCACCCUGGCCCUGCUCUCCCUUGGGGCCCAAGGUGACACCUCAACACAGAUCCUGGAGGGCCUGGGCUUCAACCUCACAGAGACCCCAGCAGCCGACGUCCACCGGGGCUUCCAGAGCCUCCUCCGCACCCUUGACCUGCCCAGCCCCAAACUUGAACUAAAAGUAGGGAGCUCCUUGUUCCUAGACAAGCGGCUCAAGCCUCUGCAGCACUUUUUGGACAGCACCAAGGAGCUGUAUGGCGCUUUUGCUUUUUCUGCCAACUUCUCGGAUCCAGCUACAACCUGGAGGCAGAUCAAUGAGUACGUGAGAAAGCAGACGUACGGGCACGUCACGGACGGCCUGCCUCAGUUCAGCCAGGACACGCUCAUGGUUCUCUCGAACUACAUCUUCUUCAAAGCCAAGUGGCAGCAUCCUUUCGAUCGCUACCAGACCCGGAAGCGGGAAAGCUUCUCCGUGGAUGACAGGACCUGUCUCCGUGUCCCCAUGAUGCAGCAGAGGGAGAUGCACAGGUUCCUGUAUGACCAGGAGGUGGCGUGCACCGUGCUGCAGAUGGGGUACAGUGGCAGUGCUUGGCUGCUGCUCGUGCUCCCUGACCCCGGCAGGAUGAGGCAGGUGGAGGCCGCUCUGCAGCCAGAGACCCUGAGAAAGUGGGGACAGCUGUUCCUGCCCAGCCUGCUCGACUUGCACCUGCCGAGGUUUUCCGUUUCCUCCACAUAUAACCUGGAAGAGAUUCUUCCCCAAAUAGGGCUCGGCAGCAUAUUCAGCUUGGAAGCAGACCUCUCGGGGAUCACCGGGUGGCUCAACAAGACCAUCUCCAGGGUGUCACACAAGGCCGCCGUGGACAUGAAUGAGAAGGGAACCCAGGCAGGGGCCGCCUCUGGCCUCCUCUCCCAGCCCCCGCCCCUGAACACGACGUCGGCCCCUCACGCCCAUUUCAACAGGCCCUUCCUGCUGCUGCUUUGGGAGGUGACCACCCAGAGUUUGCUCUUUCUGGGAAAAGUCGUGAACCCAGUGGCAGGGUGACGGGGGUGGGAGGUCCCAGGGGUCCUCUCUCCCCACCAAACAGGAAGGCUGUGCCCCCUGCACUGUGGGAGGGCAGACCAGCUUGUGGGUGUGCAAAGGUGCUAAUAAAGUUGGCCCUGGGUGUCACGAA